AUUCUGAAACAAAUUCUGCGCGUAAGAAGUCGUGUUUACGGAAAAUAUUCGUUGGGUGUAAUUUAUAAUAAUUGAAAAAUGUAUAAAUAUUUAUAGAAGCUUAUAAAUAAAAGUCUUUGAAUUAUUAAAAAGUGUAAGAAAAACAACAAGUUUAACUAACAAAUACCAUAAUAAAAUAAAGUUGUUAGAAAACCAAACUGGUGGGUUCAGUUGAGGAAGAAGAAAAAAAAUAGUGAGUGAUUGGUUAAAUAAGAAUUGAGAGAGCAUACUACAUACUAAAAUAACAUAAAAAAUAUCUGUAUGUGUUUAAAAAUAAAAGAAUCUGUGUUAAGAAUUGAACAAAAACAUUCCUAUAGCUUUUUGUUUAAACCUAUUUAUUGUUUAACGGCCUAAAGCUUAAAUAUUUUAAUAAUAUUUACAUAUCAAUUGUAACUAAGGGACGGGAUAACAACUUUAAACUUCGUAAAGGAUAAUUUACAAUUUGUUUGCUUUAAGCUCUUCCACCCUUACAGAUAUUGGGGGAACAUUUGAAUUUUUUUUUAACUGCUGCACAUAAUUAAACUUACGUUUUCCUAUUUUUAUUAAAUGAUGGAUCAUUCACAACAUACACUGGAAAAUCAUGCCGAUCACUCAAUGCAUCAUUCAAUGCAUGAUCAUGCCACAAUGGAUCAUUCAGCUAUAAUGUCGUCUACCACAACAACUACAGAAAUGCCCGCCAAUGUACACAUACAUCAUGAUGUAAACAGUGUACAUCAUCAUCAUGCUGCCGCCGCUAGUGGUGGUGAGAGUAUGUUGCAUCAUGCCAUGUCAAUGGCGUUCCAUUUUGGUUACAAUGAAACAAUUUUAUUUGAAUGGUGGAAAAUAGAUAGUGUUGGUGGUUUGUUGGGUUCCAUGUUGGCUAUUUUCAUAAUGGCUGUUUUGUAUGAGGGCCUUAAAUACUAUCGUGAAUUUUUAUUUUGGAAAACCUAUAAUCUCUUGGAAUAUCGUCCUGUCACCGGUCCCCAAGCAAAUCCAGAAGCUGGCCAACGACCUGCACCACAACCUAGUGCUUCACCUGUACAAUAUGUCGGAGAAGUUAUACACAAACAACCUCCUACGAUGUUUUCGUUACAUCAUUUCUUCCAGACAUUUUUACACAUAGUGCAGGUCACUGUAUCAUUCCUGUUGAUGUUGAUUUUCAUGACCUACAAUAUUUGGCUUUGCAUAGCGGUAGUUUUGGGAGCCGGUGUCGGCUAUUUCCUAUUCUGCUGGAAAAAGUCAGUGAUUGUUGAUGUCACUGAACACUGCCACUAGCAAUGUGCAAUAUGCGUCUGAUAUAUUGCAUUAAUCAAUAGACAUUUAACGUCAAUAAUGAUGGCCAACAUGUCAGUCGAAGAUGAGACAUCAAGGCCAGCAACAAUAGAAACAGAAAUGUCGAUGAUGA